CUUAUGAAAUGGGCAGGCUGAAAACAUGAUUGCUAAUAAGGAAGAGAUCUUUUCCUGCCCUAAAAGAACCUGGUUUGUAACAGAGACAGAAAAGAAGGUUGCUGGAAAAGCAGCAAAGGCAUCUAUUAAUAACGACAAGAGUUUUGGAAAGGUAAUUAGUGCUCAGGAAGCCGAAGACCUCAAAAUGAAGGAAAAGAGGAAGCGGGAGCGAGAGAAAAAUUUGCCAAGAAAGAAGCGUAGAAAAUUGUAAGCGGCUAGAGAGAUGUUGGAAGAUGAAGGAGAUGAUGACAAACCAGAAGGAUCCACUUCCUGUUUGCAUU